AAAUAUUUGGGAGUGAAUUUGAAGAUUGUUGGAAUACAUGUGGUUGAAUUAAUUGAGUUUCAAAAUGUUGGUCUCAUAUUAUUCUGUGAGCGCACUCGUGGCGGAGUCUUCCCUUUAACCGUAGCUUCACAUGUCUACAUGUAGACACUACCUAACCUGUAGCCUUGACAGUAACAAUUGGAAAGGUCUGUUGUCAAUAAUUAUAAACGACCCCUGUUCAAUGCUCAGUCAUGAUGUUUUAACGUUUUUAUAAAAUAUCGGCAACUUGAGCAAUUGGCCGAUCACCGACUGUAUAACUGCUCUUGUCCCCUCCAAACUUCACCCCGCAUCACUUACACAUCCCAUCAUGUCUCUCCGCAAUCUCAAAGCCACUGCCUCAGACGCAGCAUCCCACCUUCUAGAAACAUUCUCCAAUAUAUCCAUCAUCCGCCGUCAAUUUCUUGACGCAAACCAACUCCAAAAACUAGCUCUCACACUGAACCGUCCAACCCUCAACGGCAAGGACGUGUCUGAGCAGCCGCCAAUUGAAGGAACACCCGUACCACCAGGCUAUCAUCUCGUAUACUUCACACCAAAUGGGACAGAAUCUGAAUUAGGCGCUGAUGGAAGCGAUACCACCUAUAAUGCCUCGAAGCCGUUUACGAGAAGGAUGUGGGCUGGUGGUAAGAUGACAUGGGCUAGUGAUGUGUCGCUUCGGGUAGGGGAUCAAGUUGAAGAGAGGACGAGGUUGCUGAGCGCGACGCCGAAGAGGAGUCGCUCGGCGGGUGAGAUGGUUCUUGUGGAGGUUGAGAAGGAGUUUUGGGGGCCGAAGGGUUUGGCGUUGACGGAUCGGAGGUCCUGGGUGUUUAGACCUGAGAUUGAUCCUAGUACUGUGAGAGAGCCUCCAAGACCGCUUGAGGAUGUUGUCCGUGGGCCGUCACUUAUCAGAGACUUGGAUACCAAGAGUGAAGGUGUUCCUGUUAGAGAACUGCGAUGGUCGCCAGUCGGCCUCUUCAGAUUCUCAGCCCUCACCUUUAAUGGGCAUAUGAUACACUACAAUCAAGACUGGACUCGCAACGUUGAGGGUCACCCAGCUGAAGUUGUCCAUGGACCUCUCAACCUCAUCAACCUGCUGGAUUACUGGCGAGACAUCCAUGGGAAUGGCCAAACUCCAGGAGGUAUCACAUACAGAGCUAUGUCACCUCUGUAUGCUGGUCAAACAUACAAUAUCCGAACCUCGGCGACAAAGGAGGCUAAAGGCGAGAAAACUUGGGACGUUCUUGUUGAGAAAGAUGGAACGGUUUGCAUGAAGAGCGAGAUCACGGCAUAG